AUGGGGAACAGAUUGGUUGGGGAGUCAGUCAACUUGUGGAGUGCUGAUACGCUGAUCUGUGAUGAAGGAAAUCCUGAUGCUAAACAUUUCAAUGCUGAUCUAUACACACUCACUGAGCCUGGUAAGAAGCAGUAUAAGUAUCCAGAGUGCCGUUUGACAGAGAAGGGAAGAGAAUACAUCGGGAAGAUAAGUGAGACGGAAUCAGGAAAGGAGUGCUUGAAAUGGGACACUCAGGCUAACAGAACAUUCGAUGACUUUCUCGAAAUGUUUCCGUAUGAUAUGCACUUUUCCAACCUGGAUACCUGGUCUCACCAGAACUACUGCCGCAACCCAUCUGGAAGGGAGAGGCCAUGGUGUUUCGUCACGGACGAAGAUACUGAAUGGGAAUAUUGUGAUAUCCCCAUGUGCACGGAUAAGGGUAAUUAUUCUUCCGUAGCCCUCUCGCCCUCUUUCAUGUGCCCCUAUCACUUGCUGAUUAAUGCACCUGAGGAAUAG